CAUAGCGCAAGAGGAAGAGGUAGCUGCCAGAGCUACACCACACGGAAGGCGGACCCCACCGUAUUGAAACUUGUCGGCCUGUGAAACGCAGGAGGGAGAUGAACGUGCGUACACAAACUACGCUGCCGAACAAGCUUAGUUGGUAGCCGCAUUUCCAUCUCUGUCAAUGUGCGUAUGUGUGGUCAAAGUUUGGCAACCUCACCUGCGUCAUGGGCCUGUCCUUUCCCGGACAGCGAAGAUCAUCUGCGAAUUCCCGGUCCUCAGACUGUCGAAGUUGUUCUCAGUAGCCGCCAUCUCGCGCAGUACCAGCCUGUAGAUGCGCAGGUGAAUCACACUAAUCCGCUACCGUUUGUCGGCCAGUCAACGUGCGCACUUUGAUAUCUCAUCUGGAGAGCUCAUAAGAUGACGCUCUUUCGCCCGGUUUAACGCGAAACGAGCCAUCUCGACGUACGGCAUCCCCGGAGCUCGACGGCUGCGCCACACACGUUCCUAGGGCUACACAGGCAUCGCGUAU